AUGAGGAGAUGCGCGGUGCGACGUCGUAUUUAUGGUUGCGGGUGGGGCGCGGGGCGGACCGGGGCGAGCCAAUACGCGGAGGGGGCGGCGAAGCCUGAUUUUCCCAUGGCGGCGCUGCGGCGCGGCGUAUGCUGCGGCCUGCGCUGGGCGGCCCUGUUCAAGAAUAGUCACCAUAAUUCCGGAAAACCUAACCAACUGCAUGACCAGGACAAGGUGUUAGCUCCCCUAGACGCGAUGAGGUCUGUGAAUCUGAUUGUGCGGCUUUUCACAUCGCCAGCUGCGGCAGCUGCGUAUGCAAACGCCCUAACACUAACACUUUUAUUGCCCUAUGUCGCCAAACGCUCCUGUUUUACUAAUAUGGGCGUUUUA